GCCGUCAUGGGUCAUGGCCUUUGUUUAGUUAAUUGUUUACGAUGAUCUGUUUGUAGGAGUGCCACUACACUGGGUAAAUAAUUAACGUUUUAACAAAACUAUCCCCCAAAAAAACUACAAUACUAUGUCUAGAAAUCAUUAAGCCUACAAUAUACAAUCCCCAAUCGAAAUGCCGGCCAUGAAAGACUCCUACAUCGUGAAAAUCGCGGUGGAAAUGACCGAUCAAGUCCCGCAAUUGAUCGAGUUCAAUCAAAAACAACCCCUGGCAGCUAUAAUUCAGGAAUUGUGCAACGGCUGGACUUUAACGGACCCGGACCAGUAUGCGUUGCAGUUCAAUGAUAGUAACAACAACAAUUACAUAACUGAAAAGAACCGUAAUGAGAUUAAAAACGGGUCCGUUUUGAGAUUGAAUUUUUCACCUUCAAAGACUGCUCAGGAUAUUUUACUCAAGCUAAACAAUGGCAGUCCAGAGGAGAAGGCAACUGCAAUGGGCAAGCUUUCAGUUUUAAGUGCUGACAUGACCUUUGCUUUAGAAUUUAUCAAUAAACAAGGCCUAACUUUAAUAAUCAAACAAAUAGAGAAGGGCAAUUGUAAAGGUACAGUGCUAGCGCACACCUUACUCUCCUUUGUAGAGCUAAUGGAACCAGGUAUUGUUUCUUGGGAUAUUUUAAAUGGUGACUUCAUAACUAGAGUGGCUAAUCUAGUAAACACCCAACAAGAAGCCCAAGUAACCCAAGCAGCUUUAUCUAUUCUAGAAAACGUAAUAUUAAACAGCACUGAAGGCUAUUUUCAAGUUGAAAGAGAAAUUCCAAUUUCUUCACUAAUUCCACAUCUUCAAGCAAUACCAGUAGUGCAACAAAACGCCAUAGCGCUUAUAAAUGCAUUACUUUCCAGAGCAGAUUUAGCCAAAAGACGCGUUCUAGCGCAAACGCUGACUUCAAAACAAGUUAGGCUGGUUAUCCAAAACAAUAUCUUGCAAACUGGUGCUUCCAGUGGAGCAGAAAUGGCUCAUCAACUUUACGUAUUACAAAUGCUAAUGCUUGGUUUACUAGAACAAAGAAUGAUGACUAAAAUGGAUCCACAAGAUCAAGAUGGACAUGAUAAAAUUAAAGAGUUGAGACGCAUUGCAUUUGACAGUGAAGGAGCUGGCAGUUUGAGAAGCAUCCAAGGACAUACAAGGGAUUAUAAGAAAUUAGGCUUUAAAAAUGAUAUUAAUCCAGCAUUGGAUUUCAUUGAAACACCUCCUGGAUUGUUAGCUUUGGAUUGUAUGAUAUACUUUGCCAGAAAUCAUGCUGAAAACUAUACAAAGUUGGUGCUAGAGAAUAGUUGUAGAGCUGACGAGCAUGAAUGUCCUUUUGGUAGAGCCAGUGUAGAACUUGUAAAGAUUUUAUGCGAGUUGUUGAAAAUAGGAGAAACUCCAUCUGAACAAUCUGUAACUUAUCAGCCAUUGUUUUUCACCCAUGAUCAUCCUUUUGAGGAAAGCUAUUGCAUUUGUAUUGUUUUGUUGAAUAAAACUUGGAAAGAAAUGCGUGCUACUGCUGAAGAUUUUGGUAAAGUUGCCAGUGUUGUUAGAGAGCAAAUAAGCAGAGCUUUGGAUACUUCACCUACAUCUUUAGACCAACUAAAAACAAAAUUACAAUCUUUGACUUACUCAGAGAUUACACAAUUGUGGCAAUUGGAAAGGAAUACUAGAGAAGAAUGGGAGAGCCAUGCAAAACCUGUUGUAGAGCUUCGAGAGCUAAUAACUCCAGAAAUAAUGGGCCUUAUCAAACAGCAACGUUUAGGGUAUUUAGUUGAGGGAACGCGUUUUACAAAAUAUUCUACACGAGGACAACGAAUCAAAGACAAAUUUUGGUUUAUGCGUUUAUCAGUUAACCAUAAAGUAAUUCAUUAUGGGGAUUGCGAUGAAAAAUCAACCCCAACUGCUGAAGAAUUGACGUCGAAAUUAGCUGUCAGUGAUAUUAAGGCACUUUUAAUUGGCCGUGAAUGUCCUCAUAUGCGUGGCAGAAAGGCCUCACAUACACAAUUAGCUUUUUCAUUGGCACUUGAAGGUGUUGACUUACAAAGUCUAGAUUGUGUAGCACCUGACGAAUUGACUUUGGCCUAUUGGACUGAUGGUAUAAAUGCUUUAUUGGGACAAAGAAUGACUAGCAAAGAAACUGAAAAGGACUUGGACACUUUGCUCAGUAUGGAAAUAAAGUUGAGGCUUUUGGAUGCUGAGGGUGUUGCCAUUCCGCAGGAUCCUCCAGUGAUCCCCGCAGAUCCGCCCCAUUAUCAUUUUUGUUACGAUUUGAAGUAGCAACUUUUUUAUUUUGCAUGUGAUUUUAGUAGAUCUGAAAAAUGAUCUUUUGAUUGGUUGAAUCUACAAUGUAAAAUGUGAGAUUUUUUAAGACUGUAUUUUUAACUUGUUUGUGUGUGUCUUUUUAUAUUUAUUAGUCUGUUUUUAAUUGGUAUAUACAAAAUAUUAAUCUUUUUUAAUAUGGCUUUUUAGAUUUUUUUGUGCAAUUUUAAUGUUAUUUUAUUAAUUUUUAUAUAUUCAUCAAUAUACAUUAUAUAGAUCUGAACAUUUGUUGCAUUAUUUCAGGUUCCAUAAGAAAGUAUAUUAUAAUUGUGUUUAGCAUGAUUUAUUUAUACAACAUAUUUUUACAACAUUUAUUAUUGUCAAAAGUAUAUAGGUGAAAUAGAUGUACAAAAAAAAUAACGAUACAAAUAAUUAUUAAAUAUUUAAAUUGAUACUAAAAUCUACUACUAGAACUAGGUAGGUAAUAAUUAUUACAAUUUACCGAAAAUAUAUCUUAUAUUAUAUUGAUAUAAUGUUAUACUUACUAGAUUUAUAAAAUUGGGCACGAAGUAGAAAAUACAAAAAAAAAAAAAAAUAAUUGAAAUAAAUAAGAUUGAAGAUAGCUACAGUAGUAGAAUCUGGAUCCAUUAAAUAACAAGGAGUUUGCUGCUACUUGGUAUAAAGAUUUAGGGUUUCAAUCAAGAGAAAUAUAUUUUUUUACAAAAAUUACACUUGGACAACAUGAACCUUUUGUUUUUGAGAAAGAAUUCCAGCAAAUACAUUUAUUUAUUGAAAUUAUAAUAACUAACAAGAUCUCAGAAACUUGCUAGUAGGUACAAAAUAUGUACUAGUUUAACCCUGUAUAUUUUGGCUCAGAAUUAAACUUUUAUUGGCCCUCAGGUUGCUGUAAAUUUGAUUUAUAUUUGAGCUUAUAAACUAAAGCAAGUCAAACUUGCCCUUAAAUUGUUCAAAAUCUUAUAACUAAUAAAUAAAAAUAAACUACUAUAAUAGUUAUCUUAAAGGAUAUGAAGGUUCUCGCAAUUCUUAAACUUUGAAUCCUCUUUGCCGAAAAGCCAAGUGAACAUUUGUCGCGCCUUCAUGCUGGCUUUGAUCAUUCCU